AGGGGAGCCCUGCGGCCGGCGGGAGCUCGGCCGGGGGCGGGGCCUGACGUGCAGGCGCGACCCGUGGAGCGAGACCCGGUGGGCGGGGCGACGGGGCUUCGGGGCCCGCAGUUCGGGCGCCGGCCGGGCGCUCUCGGGCUGUGCUGGCGGCGGUCGCUUGGCGGGAGAAAGCGCGCUGCGGGGGCUGGGCCCGGCGGCGGCGAGGGAGCUGCGCGCCGUCUCCCUCGCGUCUUCGCUAGCCGGUGUGGAGAGCUUCAGACAGGAGAGUCCAGGCUGUGGGAGCGGAGCCCCAGCGUCUUGGCCUGCAGCCGGUCCGGUCGCCUCCUCUCCCAGGGAUCCCUCCAGAGCCCUCUGUGCGCUUCCCGGAGCAGCGGACGAUGAACACAUCUCUGUGUUCCCAGAUUCAUUGUUUAUGCAGCACACCCAGUGCUCCGUGCAGUCCGUGCCUCCUUAAUAAGGGCUCAUGCUUUACAGUAGAAAAGUAGAAGUAAAAUGCAGCUUCAGGGUGAUACGCGGAAGCACGGGGCCAGUGGCAUGCGGAUGUGGACGGGUUAUAUGACCUGAGAGUCAUCCCAGGUGAGUGCAGGUUGGUCUCUGGUGUUUCCGAUGCCACAGCAGAAGGACACACAGUGUUGCUACCUGUUCAGAAAGGACCCUCAGAAGAGGCGUGUCCCAUUCUCACAGGACCUGACUUUGCAGGCACAGAAGUCCGAAGCGGUGCCUUUGCUGGUCACGCGGCUGAGGGGCGGACAGUGUUUUGCCACCAGUCCGGAAGUCAGCACUGGCAGCGCGGUGCGGCGGUCAUGGUCACCUGGUGCCGGAACGCAGUUUGCCUGAGAAGCUUUGCUAAGGGAGAGUCCCAGGCAGCUUCUGGAGGGCCCUGCUGGGUCCGCGGCCCCACUGCGGCCACAGCCCGAGCCCUGCUAGAGUCAGACCCUGGGGUGUCUGCAGGACUGACCGGCUGCAGGUCUUACUCUCCACGUGUUUCUGUCAGCCGGUCUGUGUAGGCUGUGUGUCCGACUGUGGAGAGUGGGGUUUUCUGAGAGAGAGUUCCCCGGCUGUUUGCGCCUUACCCUACUCCCUGUCGUCUUCAUUCAUGUCUUCUAAGUGUAGAAAUAACCCUACAACCUACAGAGCGACCCAGCUUAUGUUUGAUUCAGUAACGGUGCUGGGGGCUGUGCCUCACUCGACUCUUCUGCUGUGGGAAAACUGCUGUCCAGGGUCUUCUCUGGACGUUCUCGUCUGUUAGCUUCUGGGGCGGCCUCCCUGGUGGUUUCUUCUGCUUGUUCUCUCCUGAACGCAGCUCAUCCCGGUGUUCAGAUCUGAGCCCCAUUUUCACACUCUGUGGUUUUCCUGGACUUGUCUGGCCCUCUGCGGUUGGACAGUCUGGACAGCGCCUCUCCAGCUCGGACCUCUUCCUUAGCCUCUCGACCACUAGUCCAAGCCCCUGGGGAAUGGUUUCGUGCAGCCGUCCAGAAGGCGCCCCAAGCGGAGAAUUGGUGUCCUUUGAGGACGUGGCUGUGAACUUCUCCUGGGAGGAGUGGCAGGACCUGGAUGAUGCUCAGAGGACCCUGUACAGGGCCGUGAUGCUGGAGACCUACAGUAGUCUGGUGUCACUGGGGCACUGCAUUUCCAAACCUGAGGUGAUUGUCAAGUUGGAGCAAGGAGCAGAGCCGUGGGCUGUAGGGGAAGCCCCAACCCAGCGCCUCCCAGAUGUCCAGAGUGCAGGUGACCUGAUUGAGACCCGCCAGGAGCAUCAGAGCAGACAUGUGGGGCAAGUUGGGUUCUCCAGCAACAAAAGGUCAGCUACGAAGAGAACCGCCUUGGGCAAACCAUUUAAUUUGAGCGCAAUCCACAUUUCAGACCUGGUUAUAAAUAAUGGAAACUGUUCAGGAAUGAAGCCAGAGGAGUUUGAUGUGUGUCAGAACAUGUUUCUCCCUGGUGAGCCUGAUGAGAUGCAUGGUGGAGAGCAGCCCGAGGACCGUAAUAUGAGCGGCAAACCCUUCGGGUGUGAACACCGUAGUUUUCAUCAGAAGGGUCAGAUUUUGCAGCCACCUUUUGAAUUUGGUGGGCAAGGGCACGACUUUAGCAAGGAGACAACCACCUUUACACAUAGCAGUGCUCCUGUGGGAGAGACUGCCUGUAACUAUGAUGACUGUUGGAGAGCCUGUGACAAGUGCUGUCGUUGUCCGGGAGAGAACUCACAUAGGGGAGGGUCACUGUAGGUGUAACAAAUGGGGGAACACCUGUGUGAAACCAACCCAAUCGAAUCUUCACAGAGCUGAUUUGGAGGAGCAACACUGUGAAUGUGAUCAAAGCGGGGACAAUUUCAGCAAGAAAUUACACCUUACUCGGCUUUCAAGA